UUUGCAUGGUAUAAAAGAUACAUGGUUUUGUAAAUUGGGUAUCAGUUACAAUUUACAGUUAACAUGAAGUCACUUAUUUGUUGCACGUUUCUAUUUGUCUCUUUAUGCUCAGUUCAAGGUCGCAGCUAUGGUUAUCACAAAAAUACCAAACAUACUACCGUGGUUAAACCCAAGGAUCAUGGGUUUCUGAAAGAUCCGAUCCAUAUACCAAACGACCAUGGGUUUGUAAAAGAACCAGUUCAUAUACCAAACGACCAUGGGUUUGUAAAAGAUCCAGUUCAUAUACCAAACGACCAUGCCGUGUUACCUAGCAACAAACUGCUUCAAUGCAAUAAACCGUGUACUCUACAGAUAAUACCGCCACAGUGCGUACAAGAAACAAUCGAAUUUGAACAUGGCGUCAGGUGUAGAGGCUGUGACAUAGACAUUUGCAGCGGCAGGGGAGAUAGUCUAGAUAGAUGGCAGGGCGGUUCCCAAUGGCAAGAUGGCAGCUUUCAAAAUAGAAACCAGAGAAUAGGCGGAGGAUUCGUUGAUAGUUUGGGUAAUGAUUUUCUAAACGUACUAGGACAAAAUUCUAAUUUAGAUGGAAGAAUUGGAAAUAGAUUCGAUACAAAUCUUGAUAGAAGAAACAGAUUUGAUACAAAUAAUGACAGAAAUAACAGGUUUGAUACAAAUAUUGGCAGGAGAACAAAUAUUGACAGAAAUAACAGAUUCGACCAAAUUUUCAAUGAAAGAAGAAGCCGAUUAGAUACAAACAGACAAGUUGGCAAUGGUUGGUUGUGAUCAUGUGGUAACAAACUCAGUAUGAUCUAGAGGCAGUAUGAACAAUUAAAACAAAGAAAUCCAUUGCAUAUAACAAUGUUUUGUGGAAUUAUACAUUUUUUUAUAUACGUAAUAAAAAUUUGAAAGUCUA